AUGGGCAACGGGAUGUGCUCCCGAAAACAGAAGCGGAUUUUCCAGACCCUCCUGCUCUUGACUGUGGUCUUCGGCUUCCUCUACGGGGCGAUGCUCUACUACGAGCUGCAGGGCCAGCUGAGGAAGGCUGAGGCCACGGCGCUCAAGUACCAGCAGCAUCAAGAGUCCCUCUCGGCUCAGUUACAAGUUGUAUAUGAGCACAGGUCAAGAUUAGAAAAGUCAUUACAAAAGGAAAGGCUUGAACAUAAGAAAGCGAAAGAAGAUUUUCUUGUUUAUAAACUAGAAGCACAGGAGACGCUAAAUAAAGGAAGGCAAGACUCAAAUAGCCGAUACAGUGCACUGAGCGUCCAACACCAGAUGUUGAAGAGUCAACAUGAAGAACUAAAGAAACAGCAUGCUGACCUUGAGGAAGAUCACCGAAAACAAGGAGAAGAGUUUAGCAGAACAUUCAGUGAUCACAAGGAGCGAUACUUACAACUGCAGCAGGAAAAAGAGCAGGAGAUCUCUAAGCUGAAGGAAUCCCUGUAUAAUUUACGGGAGGAGAACAGACAGUUGAGAAAAGCUCACCAAGACAUUCACACCCAGCUACAAGAUGUCAAGCAACAGCAUAAGAACUUGCUCUCCCAACACAAUCAGCUUGUUGUGACAUUGGAAGACCACAAGAGUGCACUAGCUGCUGCACAGUCCCAGGUGGAGGAAUACAAACAGUUGAAGGACACGCUCAACAAAAUGCCAAGUUUCCGACAGCCUGAGAAGUCAGAACAAUCACAUGAGCAACCAGAGGUGCAAGCACCGUCUCCCCACAGUGACCUCCCAGUGCACCAUGAAGCUGCGGCUGAAGAGCGUAAGGAGAAUGAGAAGCCAAAAGAGAGAGAAGAAAUAAAUACCCAGGAAAAAGAUGAUGGAGCUGAACCCUUUCAUCUGCAGAGAAGGGCUAAGGAGAGCCAGCAUGCCAAAGACCUAAAUAUUCAGGAGCAACAAGAAGCUGGAGAGGAUGACGAGCAACGUGUUGAUCAAGUUGAAGAGGAACGCAAAAAAGAACUUGAAGAGGAAGAAAUGGAGCAGGCAGGUCAGCCCGAGCACUUAGAGGAGGAACAGGAUCAAGUACCAGAAGAGCAUCAGUGGAAAAAACAGGAACAGAAAGAAGAAGAAACCAACAUGUUGGGUGAUCAUUUUCAUUCAGAGACAACAUCAACAAAAGCUGUAGCAAAAAGACAUAAGCCAGCUUAUGAACAGCAACUAGAGCAGCAACAUCUUGCAGCCCAAAGAGCAGAGGAAGCCAAUCAGCUACGAGAACAUCAGGAAUCGCUACACCAGCAAAGACUGCGAGGACAGCUAUUACGGCAGCAACAGCUUCAGGAAAAAGAGCUUCAGCUGCAGAAACAGGCAGAACAAGGAGAAAAACUCUAUAAAAACCGGCUAAGCCAACAGGCUCGUUAUGAUAACAUGGACCAUGAUAUUGUACAAGGGGAAGAAGAGCAAGGUAUUCAGGAAGAGGAAGGAGCUUAUGGACGUGACAACCAGCACCAGGAUGAAGGUGAAGAUGAUGAUCAAAAUAAUGCAAAUGAACAGCAAGAACCAGAACAUCAAGUAGAAAAUCAGCAGGCUGAUGAAUCUAAGGCAGCCAUGGAAGAUGUGAACCCUGCUGAUGACCCCAACAAUCAGGGAGAAGAUGAAUUUGAGGAAGCUGAGCAAGAGAGAGAAGAAAAUCUACCAGAUGAAAAUGAAAAGCACAAGCAAACCAGUCAGAAACAAGGACAUCCGGGAAUGGAAGAGCACCUAGUGAUGGCAGGAAAUCCUGACCAGCAGGAAGAUAAUGUGGAUGAACAAUACCAGGAAGAAGGAGAAGAGGAGAUCCAGGAAGAUUUGACUGAAGAGAAGAAACGAGAACUGGAACGCAAUGCUGAAGAGCCAUAUGGUGAAAACGACGAAAAUGCAGAUGAAAAAAAUAACAGAGGGGCAGAUCGAGAGCAAGAAAUGCAAGAAGAGAACAACCAGAAAGAAGUUCAUGAAGAAAAUUAUGAGGAGGAAGAGGAAGAGGAGGAGGAAGGCAGAGCUGUUGCAGCAAAAACUCGUAGACGAGGAGAGAUGUAG